CCUUGAACAAUCCUGAGCCCAAAAACCACUUCAUCGGUAAUUGGGAAAAGCCAUCAGAAUCCAAGGGUUAAGAGAAAAAACACAAGCAGAGAGCCACGACUCUGGACUCAUCCAUCGCUCCUCGACCAUGAAGCUCCUUCGCUCCGUCAUCGGCCAGCAAGGAUCACUGGUCCGGGUCGCUGGACGCCGAUACUUCGCUGCUUCCACAGAAGAGUACUCUAAAAGAAAUUAUGCCAAUAACGUCUCUGAGUAUAAUACUGUAGUGGGCUCCCUUACCGCUCAAAGAAGGCAUUUCUUGUUGAGGGACGUGUAUGAUGAUAUGAUGCUCGAUGGAGUGCAGCCUAUUCGGGACACUUUUCAUUCGUUCAUUGUUGGAACCAUGAAAGGCUCUCGCUUGCAAGACGCAUUCUUCUUCAGGGACCAAAUGAAAGUCAUGGGUUUGACCCCUGAUGUUACUUUAUACAACUUUCUCAUUUCAACUUGUGGGAAAUGCAAGAACUCUGAUAAGGCUAUACAGAUUUUGGAGGAGAUGAAGCACAUGGAAGUAAAGCCCAAUGUGCAAACCUACAUCUGCUUGCUACAUGCUUGUGCAGCUGGUGGCCGAUUAGAUCGAGUGUAUGCAAUUGUCCGUGACAUGACUGCAGCUGGCCUUGGAUUAAACAAGUUUUGCUAUGCUGGGCUUAUAGUUGCACACGAGAACAAGACACCUGUGACAGAUGAUUUUGCCACAAAAGUCAUUGAGUUUGUGGAGCGAUCAAAGAUGUGGUCUUCAGUUGAAAGUGACAGUGUCAAUGCUGAGAAUGUUAUGAUGGGUGUUUCAGAUGAGGAGUUAUACAACUUGCCAACAGCAGAAUAUGUUCAUAGACGUGGUGGAUUUUUGGCUAGACAAUUAACUGCAUAUCAUACUGCAUUUCAUGCUUCUGCUGAUCUAAAAAAUGUUGAGCUGACAGAUACUCUUUUAGAGAUGCUAAAAAAGGAAGGGAUAAUUCCUGAUACCUAUAUCGUCAUGCAAGUAAUUAGGUGCUAUUUACAUGCUGGAGACCUUGAUCGUGGUCUUCAAACAUUUGAAGACUACGUGAAAUCAGGAAAGCCUCUUGCUCCAGAACUUUAUGUGACACUUGCAGAAGGUGCGAUGAUUGGGCACACUCCAAAGGGAAUGCAAAUUGCUCAAGACACGCUGGUAAAUAUGACUUCAAGGAACUUUUUCUUGAAUCCCAAGAUGGGAAGUGAUCUCCUGCUUGUAGCUGCUGGUGAGAAGACUGGGGGAUAUACUACUGCUAACUACAUAUGGGACCUGAUGCGAGCUCGUAAAAUAGUCCCUUCAUUCCCUGCCUUAGAAGCUUAUUACCAAGGGUUAAAAGAACGUGAGAUUCCUGAAGACGAUCCCAGACUUCUUUUGGUGUCUAGAACUUGUGAUAACCUCCGCGGAAGAUUCGGUCCGAGGACACCACAAGCUGGAUAGAUCACCACUCUUGCUUGAUUGUAAUGAGUUCUGCUAGAUGUUUCUGGACGUAUUUGACGAGAGAAUCCAGAAAUGGUAAAAUGGUUCAUCCAAUUGAUGCUUGAGCUAGCGUGGGGCUUGGAUGGGUUGACACUAGGGUGUCAUGUAGACUUUCCAAUGAACGCAGGCACUUCAAGUAUUCAUUUAGAGAAAACUAAGAUAAGCUCUUCCUCCUAAUUUUACUGGGAGACUCUAUCUCGAUAUGGAAUAACUUUGUUUCAUCAUCUGAUAGUUGACAUCAGGUAGCGUGAGUUUCGUAUUUUUAUUUUUUUCCAAUUUGAAUCCAAAUUUUUGCUGGCGGUAUAUAGAUAUCCAUUGAUUGAUGGUA